UCCAAACAGCGGCAGUGGUGGCGCUCGCAUUUUUUUUUCAGCUCCGCGGAAGGAACGAAACCCAACCCAAGCGAGGCAAAAGCGGCGGCGGCGGAGGAGGAGAGGAGCAAUGGAGAGGGCGGUGCCGGUGAGGAAGCCGCACACCUCGACGGCGGACCUGCUCACGUGGUCGGCGACGGGGCCCGACGCCGCCGCCGCCGCGGCCUCGCCGGUCGCCUCCUCCCGCCCCAGCCUCAAGGGUGCGUGUGGGUUGUUUGUGCUGGUGUUGUGGUGUGAUGUCUGGCGGCCACAGCCGGCCGGGGGGAUCACGCCGGCGAUGUUCGGCGCGCCGGUGAGCGAGAAGGAGGCGGAGGAUCUGAGCAAGAGUGAACGAAAAUUUUGCUCGGGCUCAAAGUUAAAAGAAAUGACUGGAAGUGGGAUAUUCGCUGAGAAUAGUGAAAAUGAUGAUUCAGAGGCUUCAAAUCCUGCAAACAAAACUUCUGUAAGGAUGUAUCAGCAAACUGUAACUGGAAUAAGCCAAAUCUCAUUCAGUGCUGAUGGAAGUGUUUCUCCAAAGAAGCCAUCGUCAUUACCUGAGGUGGCUAAGCAGCGAGAGCUUAGUGGUACACUGGAGACUGAUGCUGAGGCUAAAAUGAAUAAGCAGCAUUCUGAAGCCAAGAGCAAGGAGCUCAGUGGGAGUGAUAUUUUUGGUCCUCCUCCAGAGAUCCCUGCAAGGCCAUUGGCUGCUCGCAAUAUGGAGCUGCAAGGAAAUCUAGAUUUUGCACUUCCACAACCGAGAAGCGUCCACACAUCAGUGAAAGUAUCCAAUCCUGCUGGAGGUCCAAGCAACAUCACGUUCAGUGAGGAGCCUGUAGUCAAGACGUCAAAGAAAAUCCAUAACCAGAAGUUCCAAGAGUUGACAGGCAACAACAUCUUCAAAGAGGACGCUACCCCUGCAUCAGCUGAGAAAUCUCUGAGCUCAGCAAAGCUGAAGGAGAUGAGCGGCAGUGACAUCUUUGCUGAUGGAGCGGCAGCUCCCCGAGACUAUCUCGGCGGUGUCCGCAAGCCCCCUGGUGGCGAGAGCAGCAUUGCACUGAUCUAAUCGCCGCAGGCUGCCCUAAUCUGGACUGGCUACUUUUACCCUCAUCGCUGAAGUCCGUGGCAUGUGCUCUUCCUGGACCCUGGUUCUUGAUCAUGGUUGAGAGCUGAUAUCUUGGCCCUGAUAUCAUCUAGAGUCAGCAGAAUCUGACUCAGCUUAUGUGUUGUAAACUUGACUUAAUCUCAUCUGUCUUAUGGUACUUAUGUAUUAAUCUCCUUGGACUGAGACUGAAAUAAGUUUUAUUGGUUCAUUUUUGUGAGCUCAUGGUAUCAUCAGGAAAUAAUGUCUGUCUUGUAUCAAAUUAACUUAUUUGUGAGUUAUGCAAAAGAUAACGAAGGUAUCUACAAUACCAUUUCCUCUUAA